GGAGCCGGCGAAAGAAUGGAUCGUUGAUUUUUUGUCGCCAGAAAACAUGAAAUUUCCAAAAAACGAAACUAAACUGAGCAGGUCUCUGACGUUUAAAGACUCAUCUCCGUGGUCGGCCGUCAGAGGGUCACCCGAACUAAGAGCCUACAGCAGCAUGCCACGAGGUAGCGUACCGUGGCCACAGCGAAACGGUGGCAGCGGCGGUGUCGUCGGAGCGGCCAUACGCGUUGGACGACCCGCACCAAACGCCGUUAGACCGACGAAGCCGGACGACGGCCCGACGCAACGGCAACCGGCCGUGUAUGUCAACACUGUCCACCUGGUGGACACCUGUGGCCACGUCAUCGACAUGCAUACGGUCCCCGAAACGACGGCGGGSACAGCCAUCACAGAUGUYUCCUCGCUGCAGACGUCAGGCGACGUCGACCAUUCCGGCGGUGGCAACGAAUCCGAGGACGACCGUCGGAAGCAAGUGACCACCGCUCUGACCGGAUGUCUAUCCCGAGUACAAGAAGAUCUCAAACAUAUUCCGCCCGGAGUGACUCCACCACGAAGUCGGCGUUUUCUCCGCCGGGACCCUUUCCUGCACGAUGACAUCAUCGGUGGUAAUCGGACCAAAGAGGACUAUCGGUUAGUCUUCCUGAAUGGGGCCGAUUGGUCAUCUGACGACGGUGGCUGUGGCCGUCAAACGUCGUCCAGCCUGUCGGCUGAUGACGAUUGUGACUGGGACUAUUUCAUGGCCGGUCUAGACGACGACAACGAACAGACGCGACCGCUGGAACAAACGCAGCAACAACAACAACAACGGCAGUCGGCAGGUGGCGCAGGUACCGGUAACGGCGACCAGUUAACCGGCUGUAGUGAUGGUAGCAGUGGUGGCAGUAAACCGAGCGAGACCGACGCGCGCGCAACAACGUCGACGACUACGUUCGUUCCGGUCGUGUUGCCGUUCCCCGUGUUCGUGCCAGUGCCGAUCGUGAUAUCGCCGGAGCGCGCGCAAUACACGCUAACCACCGCAUUCGCUAACGUUUUGACUGAAUAUUUCCGCGAACGGGAUGUCUUCAGUGGUGCAGAGGUGAGAAAUGUGAACGAAAAAAGGGGCGCCGGUGGUGUCGUCGCGGAAAUGCCGGAACCCCCUGCGGCCGCCGUCGACGAAGGCGGUGGUGCCGUACUUACCAUGUACGCGGCCCGCGCGUCGACCCUCGACGCAAAAUCGUCAUCGUUACCAGUCGCAUCGUGCGGAGAUGACGACCGCGAUGGCGAGGUCGGUUAUUAUUCGUCAUCUUCGUCACCAUCUCCGUCGCCGUCAGACGACUCGGACGAUUCAGACGCGCAGAACGUUGCCAUGUCGUACGACGUCAAUGACAGCCCGGACGAUGACGACGAUGAAGAUGAAGAUGACGGGUGCAACGUGAAGCUGUCCAGCAUUUUGGAUUCAGCGGCCGCCGCGGCGGUUAAGUCUGCCGCUGGAAACAGUAGUGCUUCUGAUGAGUUUUCCGGYACUGAGUCCAUGGAACAAAUAUCCGUUGACGAAUCUUCCGCUGGCGCCGGCCUGAGUGGCAAGUUUACCAGUCUGAUAAUGAUAACACGGGACGACAAACCGGCUGUCAAUGUGGUAACCAGUGAUACUACAAAAAUAAUGCCCACAGUCAUCCAAGACGAAGGUUUCAAACUCACACUGGACACGUCCGAACCAGCUGAUGACAGUGAAGUGAAAGUCGUGACUGGCGGUGACACGUUGUCGGCUGUCAUCGCAUUGGAAGAAGGUUUGGCUGAUGAUGAUUCUUGGGUGGAAGACCUGGAUAGGGAUGAUUUCAAAAUUGAAUCUUCCGAAGGUGAAGAAAUGUCAUUUGAAGAAGAACCCGAGUUUAGGAGAUCGGCAUUGGACUUUACUUUGCACACCAUCGUCGAAGAGAGCUGCGAAGAAAGUGAAGUAGAGUCGGACAGGAACAACCAAACAGAAUUGGAAAAAUAUUUUUUCUUUGGUCUCUGUGAUAAAGAUCAAGACACUGGUAGAAAUACUGAUGCGUUUUCUGAAACAAGUUCUAUCAUAAGCGAAGGACUUGAGUCUUUGGACAGCAUCGAGCCACAACCAGUAGUAUCAGAAAUGGCUGGAUCUAGACUAGAACGAUAUUUCUUAAGUGAGUUUAUGGGCUUCAAUCGACCAGACUCGGAUGGUAGUGUUGGUAGCGACAGUCCAGAACACAGCCCUGAGCAACGGAGAAAGAGAUUGGUUAGAGCUAGAGGAACUGGACGUCAACAUUCGUCGCUAGAUAAUCUUACAGAAUCCGAACAACAGGUAGAAAUACAAUUGGAAUACGAAGAAUCAUCUACAAGCUCGGAUUCAAACGACGAAUCUAUAUCAUUUGAAAAAAAUGACGGUCARUUUGAUACUGUUAAACGGGGCAAAAAGAAGAAAAKGUCGGUUGUUACUGCUCCUCCUUUGGAAGCAUUAGAAAUCGAAGAAAACGUAGAAACUAUCAAUAUUGGAGACGACGUGCAAGAUAAAAACCCAGAGAGUGCUGAAGUCCUAGAAGAAAAAGUCACAGUUCCGAUAACGGAAAGCRAUCAAAAACCAAAUGGCGCAGAUGGACUGACCAGAACUGACAGCUUUAAUAAUUGGAGUUCGGACGAAGAAACGAAUCUAAUGAUGUCUAAAAUGAGGGCGUUUUUCAAGACUAUGUUGGCUAACCAACCAAAACCGGAAGUUCCUGGAGAAAAGAGCAAGCCCCCCCAAUUAGUAAAAUUUGAGUCUGAAUUGACAAGAUUAAUGAAAACCGUUCCGGGAAUUAGAGACGAACAGGUGAAAGAAAUCGUCGAAUACUUAAGUAGCGAGGACACGUGGAGCGAUUCUUACGAUUCGUCKGAUUACACAAGUUCUGAUUUGGAGACCGGAUCUAGACUACAGGACGAAAACAGAGACACAGCGUUUGUCUAUCAGAAACUCAUGGCUUCACUACGAAAGAUCGAUGUUCCAAGUUCUGAUUCGUCAACUUCCAGGAACUCGCCACCACUCGUCACUAAAGUUAUGCAACAUAUCGGAAGCCGGCUCGUAGCGCUGAUGCACGCGGUUUCCGAAAAUCCCGGUACGCCACGGGCAUCCCGGUAUAAUAGACGAUCUCAUCACCAUCACAAAACGUCAAUCAUUUCUACUACCACGGAAGAAGAGGAUGAGGGUGACGAUGAACAGUUUGAUAGCCCGCUGCCCAGGUCCAAGUCACACGAUCCGUUAUUAGAAGAGGCUAGGCAAGAGGCCAGCGACAACGAAAGGUUCAGUUGGCGGGGCAGUUUCGAGUCAACGCUUAUGAUGUCGGACUCACGAACCCGGUUAACGUCGAGCGGUGAGAGUUGCGUAACGCUCGCGGCUAAAAGACGGUCUGCCGGUGACCUCUUGAUAAAGAGUGCUAACAGUAGCCGGGAACAGUUGGAUCGUGUGCGAUCGUGUGGAAGUAUCGGCGGMAGCGUCGAGGACCGAAUCUGGAGGAACGGAAGGAGAAGGGGUAGUGUGCCUGAUAGUGGUGAUUCCGGUGGUGACAGCGACGACGGCGUGGCGGCCACCGGUCCCAAAUCAACCACGUUGCCCAGGAGUCUGCAACAGCAGGCCAUCACAUCGUCAUCGAAUACAAACUCAUUACCCCGGCUGCCUACAACCGCAACCACCACACCCGUGUCGUCUCCGAGUCCGUUAACUGGUAUAUACAAGGCGCAUAGCGUACACCAGUUUAACGUAAAGUCAGCCAGGUACAGGCCUCCAGGAUACAAGAAUGUGGCUUCACCGCCACGGAGAGAGUAUAACCGCAGGAGGAUCGCGCAACAUCCGGGACAACAGCAAUCURCGUCAACGUCUCCAUCCCCGUCAUCGUCGUCGAUGGCCAACUAUAAUUUGCAGUCGCCGCCGAUUGGUGCUACGGGUAACGACAACGAUUGCAGGACGACGAUAGCCUGCGGCAUCGGUGGUUCGGAACCUUUGGCUAGUCCAGCUUUUUGCUCAAAACCCGAAGACGAAAUGGAAAAAUUAUCGCACAAGACGAGCUCUUCACUGGGCGUGGCUAGAAGCGAUUCCAUGGCGUCUGUUUACUCUGGUGCCGGAGAGGGCAGGUACGGUAUGGUACCUAUCAGAGGUGAGGUGGAGUUUGGUCUUCAGUACAACUAUAAAGCAGCACAGUUCGAGAUCAAUGUCAAACAUUGUCGCGACCUGGCAGCUGCCGAUCCCAAACGAAACAGAUCUGACCCCUACGUAAAAGUGUACCUAUUGCCUGACAAAUCUAAGGCUGGCAAAAGAAAGACUCGAGUGAAGAAACAUACAAUGAACCCAAUAUUUGAUGAGGUGCUCAAAUACAGUCUACCUUUGGAAGAGCUCAACAAUAGAACACUAUGGUUAAGCGUGUGGCACUCGGACAUGUUCGGACGCAACAACUUCUUAGGCGAGGUCCAACUUCCUCUGGAGAAUAUGAUAUUUGAUGAUCCAUCACCAAAGCUCUACCCACUUCAGGAACGAAUAGAACCUUUAGAUGAUACUAUGUGUGUCAGUAACAAAGGCGAAAUUAUCGUCGGCCUGAAGUGUGUGCCACCCGACCCAAACUCAAAAAAACGUACCAAGGGCACAUUCCUUCUGCUAGUGAAAGACGCAAAAAACCUUCAAGCGAUCAAGUCUAACGGUUCAUCUGAUCCGUUUUGCAAAAGUUAUUUAUUACCCGACAAGGGUCGUAGUUCCAAGCAGAAGACCAACGUGGCCCGGAAGACGUGCAACCCGAACUGGAACCAAACGCUUACGUACCGAGACGUAUCUCUAGAAGAAUUGGCGGAACGGAGUCUGGAACUGACUGUUUGGGACCACGAUCGUUUGGGUAGCAAUGAGUUCUUGGGAGGUGUCCGACUAUCAUUGGGCUCUGGUAUGUGUGACGGUAAACCAGUCGACUGGAUGGAUUCCAAUGAAAAAGAAAUUGCCUUAUGGCAAAGGAUGUUGGACAGGCCAAACUUUUGGGUCGAAGGUUGCCUGACGUUGCGACCGUCGCUGGAGUUAGCGAGCAAAAAUUAAAACUAAUAUCCAUUUAUUUUUUAUACACACAAAAAUCAAUUAUUUUAUUCUUCAGACGUAUAUGUAUAUGUCUUCGUAUAUUUGUUUUAUUAUUAUUAUUCAACUCCGUGAUGUGUGUACAUUAUAUCAGUAUCAUCAUUAAUGAUCUUAUCAUUAUCAUUAUUAUGAUAUAGUAUUAUGUAGGUACCUACUCACCGAUGGAGAAGUUGCUCUUUGAUUUUAUUUUUAUUAUUUCUAUUUUUUUCUAUUUUUUUUAUUUUUAUUUUUUUUGUUUUGUUGUUUUUAUAUAAACGCUAAGAAUAUCUGUGAUCUGAUAAUAUUUCGAUCGUGUAACAAGCGAAGAUUUUAUAAUAAUUAUAAUGUUUCGGUCUUCCAUUCGAAUUUUGUUCGCAUCAUAUUAAUAUUACUAUCAUCAUUUUUAUUAUUAUAUAAUACAUAUUAUUAUAAAGUCUUAAUAUUUACGUGUUUUUAACGUGUACGCGAAUAAUAUUUGUGCGUUUUAUGUGCAUCUCAUCGUAUUAUUUAUUUCUUGAUAAAUGUGCAGUAUUUUUUAUUUUAUUUUACGAAUUAAGUACUAUUAUUAUUGUAACUUAAAGUAUAUAGAAUUAAGUUUAUAUUAGUGUAUAGUUUAUGUACAAUUUGUCGGAUCGUAGAGCAAAAUAGAAAAUGGGUCGGGGAGAGUACUCUUCGGAGAUUAUCCUAAAAAUAAUAUGCAUCUCGUUCAUUURAAAUGACGAACAUGUAUGAAACUUUGCAUAUAAGUAGCCAAAAUAUGUUUCUAUCGAAAACCAUUUAAUGAACUUAUGAGUGCUGUAAACAUAUUGCUGAAAAAAAUAAUAUAAUAUGUACUUAUUAUUGUCUUAUUAUACGAUGUGUACUGUAAAGUUCAUUAUUUUUUGUA